CCCCCCCGCAUGCCUAACAGCUUGCUUGGGGCUCUGAUUAAGAAGUUCUGGCCCGGCAGAUACACUCCCCUUAGCACGGUCCCCGGUGGCCCGACGAAGCUAGCCACUACUUGGGCGGACUAUGAGGAUGCCCCUGCCGUAGGCUUCGCGACAGCUGCUGAGGCUGUGACCACCAAGUUCUGGUGCUUCUAUCGUGUGGACCCGGAGCAUGACACGCAGGCGCGUCUCACUUUGCGUGGCGCUUGCGAGAGGUUGACACCGCAGCAGUGGUACAACCAAAAGUUCACCAGCGCUAGUGCCUUCUGGGCUAACAAGGGUAAGAGGGUCAAGAAGGAGUACUAUGUUGGUAACGAGCCUACGGAGGAAUGGGCAAUGACCAUUGAGGAGUACAUGUCGGUUUGUCCGGAGUGGGCCGAGCAGCAUAGGGAGGCAUGGGAGGAGCUGAUUAGGGCGAGGUGGCUCGGGCAGGACGAGGAGUUUGCAGCCGUGUCGAGGCGUAACAUGGAGAACCGAGGCACCGGUGGCACACACUGCGCGGGAAACCGCGACUACACCCGCUUCAAGGGGAAAAAGGUGGCCGAGGCACCACCUGGGGUGGUGCUUCAUGAUGCCCAGAUAUAUGACAUGAUGCGGACGAAGCAGAAGCCCAAUCCCGCAUUGCCUCAGCCACAGUACUACGGCAAUGCCAAGGCCGCCAAGGAGGACUACUCGCGACAUGGUCAAGUCUCGUCACCCCGAGGUGGAUGACCCCUUGAGCAUUCC